AUGACAUUAUCGUACAAAUCUUCAAUUACGAACUUGAAGAAGCACAUGGAACGAAAGCACCCAACUGUGCAAUUGAGCAAUGUAGGUUUAGGUUGCAGUAGGCUCGACUCAGCAUCUACAGGGCCUUCAGCUCCAGUUACUGAUGAAGAAGCUGGGACUUCAUCAGGAUCAGCAUCCACUUCCAUUCCUCUCACUUCUGGAUCUGGAUCAGCAUCAGCAUCCACUUCCAUUCCUCUCACUUCUGAAUCUGGAUCCAAUCCAUCUUCAUCAAGAAGCGUACAGGAGAAACCACAAACUUUAAUAACAAAUUUUGUACCAAGAAAAAUGACAGUGUCAUCAAAAAAGAAAAUUGAUCAGUCUUUUUUAAAGCUGUUCACCAAGGACUACCAACCUUUUUCUAUAGUUGAAGAUGAAGGAUUCAGAGAAUAUUCUGAAGCCAUGAAUCCAUCUUACAUACUUCCUACCAGAAAAAUGAUUUCAAAUAGCUUAGUUCCUGCAGCAUAUGAACAAUGUUUGAAUUUCCUGCUGGAACUGCAAAUUCUGCUGCCAUUGUUGAGAUUCAGCGAUAUUUGGAAGAUGGUGUAA